CGGGGCCGGCCCGGCGAUGAGCGGCUCGAAGCCCAGGGUGGCCGCGGCCGGGCCCGGCGGGGCGCUGAGUCGCCUGCGCGGGCAGAGGAGCUCCAGCACGGCCAAUGCGCCUCCGCGGGCCGCCUUGCCGCCUCCGAGGACGGAGGCCGAGCUGCUGGCGCUGGAGGCGGUGCGGCCCGAGCACGUCCUGGGACUCGGCCGCGUCACGGAGCAUUACCUUUGCCGACCCGAAGACAACAUCUACAAUAUCGACUUCACCAAGUUUAAAAUCCGGGACCUGGAGACUGGGACGGUGCUGUUUGAAAUUGCCAAACCUUCAACUUUAGAGCAAGAGGACUACGAGUGUGACCUUGGGGAGGUGGACAGCAGCGCCGGACGCUUCGUUCGCUAUCAGUUCACUCCGGCCUUCCUGCGCCUACGGACCGUUGGGGCAACGGUGGAGUUCACCGUGGGAGACAAGCCCGUCUCCAACUUCCGCAUGAUCGAGAGGCACUACUUCAGAGACCGUCUCCUGAAGAACUUUGACUUUGACUUUGGCUUCUGCAUCCCCUGCAGCAGGAACACCUGUGAGCACAUCUACGAGUUUCCUCAGCUUUCCGAGGACCUCAUACGCUUGAUGGUCGAGAACCCCUACGAGACUCGCUCAGACAGCUUCUACUUUGUGGACAACAAGCUGAUCAUGCACAACAAGGCCGAUUACGCCUACAACGGCGGGCAGUAGCCAUUCCAGCACCGCCUGCGGAUGUUGCGCAGGCCAGAGGCAGCCCGGCCUUGCUCCUCCUUGCCAAGCGGGAGGGGCCUCUUCUGGGACAGUAAAGGAAUCCUCUGGGCCGCUCAUUCCUUGCUCCAUCGUGGCUUCCGUUGGCAUCCUGGUCUGGUGACAAGCCCGCCAGCGGCCCCUCCAAUGGACCAAGCUUGGCAGGCAUCCCCUUCCUAACGCAUCCCGCAGCCCAGAGAGCUGGGCAGGUGUCCGUUGCUCCUCCUCCCGCCUCCUGGCCUGCUUUGCACCUGAGCUGAUGUUUGUCAGGGCUGUCCCUCUGUCUUUGGGGUCGGAGGGGCCUGGAGGGGCUCCUGGGGAGGGCGGAACUUUGCAGCAUUUCAUUCUGGGCCUGUUCAAGCAACCGCAACCCCUCAAGGUCUGGCCUGCGUGGUAAAGAUGCGUGGGGCCCUCCUGGCUUCUCCUACCUAGCAGCUCUCACCGGGGAGGUGGGGGCCAUCCUAAUUUUUCCCCUCCCUUCCCCACCCCUCGAGAUUGCCGGGCAGAAGGCAAAGGCUGCAGGUGAGGACUGGCUUGGCCCUCUGGCUGCCCUCCCUGUAGACGCUGCUUUGGCAGGAGGGAUGUGGGGCACCCCAUGGCAGUCAGUGUCAAAGGGGGGGGGCUCCCGGGGGCAAUGGGGUAGUCUAAAAGAGCAACGCUUAAGCCUCUUAGUUGGGGGGAGGGUUAGCUGCCCCCAACAAAAGAGCUUCGGGUGCAGGACGGUUUUCUCUUUUGGAGGGGGGAAGGGGUCGGUUCUCGGGGUGGUCUGGGGAAGGGCUGGUGGUGAGAGUGGUGGGUCGACGCUUCCCUGGCUCUCUCUGGCAAAGUGCCUUUUUUCUCCAAGGGCUCUCCCCCCCCCCCCCCCCCCGACCCCUCACGGUUAAAACCAGGUGCCUUUGGAACUGCCCUCUGUCUGACCUGGAAGCCUCGGUUGGGCUGACCCCAAAGCAGGGGCCGUUCGCAAUAACCUUCCCUCUGUGCCUUCCUGGCCACUGACUGCCCAGCAAUACGAGGGGAACGGGGUACGUGUGUGGGGAAAAAUGGGGUGCCUCCCUGGGGACGAGGGAAUGGCGUCCGUUGGGGACCUGCCCUUGCACCUCCCUCCCACCCUCUCCCGGAGCUGCCUCUCUCCUGCUCUGCAAGGGCCACAUUUCGGCCACUCUUGCUGGGCAUGCAGGGGUCAGUUUGUGUUUCUGCCACGCAAAGAGUGGGGCUGCCCUUCCAAAGCAGCGUGUGAUUAGAAAUCCAGGCCUCCCUUUUGGGAGGGGGCCUGGGGUCAGCAGGGGGCUUCUCAACCUGCCCCAGGGCUGGAAAGGGGGCCUGAAAUUGAGGUGGUGCGUUUCCUCCUUUCUAGCUCAUGGAAAAAGCAAAAAGGGGGCUCCCCUAUAGACUCUCCCCCCUCCCCCACCUUUGAAAGGGAAGACCGGCUGUGGGGAGACCAGCUCCCAGCAAUGGGCAGCAGAUGUGGCCACCUUUGUAGCCACUGGUAGUCAUCCUGUCCGGAGCAUGUCCCACCCGAGUACUGCUGAGGAGCAGCCGUUUGGCCGUGACUUCUGUGUGUGGGUCAAAUGCUCACACACACACACACACCCCUCUAACCGUUUCCAGUUAGGCGAACUGACACACAGGCUCAGGGACUGGGAAUUGCAUUUCCCACGCUACGGGAGUUCUGGAAUUCUGUAUGCCAUGAUCUUAUGAGGUGGGCAUUUAGUGCAACAGUGCAGUGAAUUUCCCAAGGGCGGGAGAAGAUUGAGCACUGUGGCCAAAAGCAGCCCCCCCCCCCGCCCCGAUAGUGUGGCUUUGAAUUGGCCAUUGGCACUCCAUGCAAGGAGCUCUCCCUCCCCACACAACCUUGUGUGGCACGUGUGAAAUGCACAGGAGACGGUUCCUAGUUUUUCUAAUUUUCUGCCGGUAUUUUUCCAUAGAGAACGGCAGACGUUUCAAAAGUCCCCCCCCCUUCUCCCCCCCAAGUGAUUUCCUUCAUUGUAUCGUCUCCAUCAUGCUAUCAUUUUUAUAUCUCCUUGAUCUGCAGUAAUCUAGCCGACUUGUUUGUAUAAAGUGUUAUUUUGUCUGAAGCAAUAGUAAUUAAAAUAAAACC